AUGAGCUUGAAAGAAGUAUUCGAACAACAUCCGUGGAGGUCAUUUAAGAAGUUCAAUGAAGCUGCAAAGAGUUGGGGAUUUACUAACAGAGCUGAAGUGAAAAGGUUCUUUGACAAAAAUGUUGUACAUCAAACAAAAAUAAAUCCUUACGACUACUUUUUACCAAUUUACUCCAACACUCCUGACGCAUACCAAUUUGACACUCUCAUUCAAAGCAGAAAAGGAGGACAUAAACCAUUCCUCAUCUUCAUUAAUGUUAACACUCGUAAAGCAUAUGCAUAUCCAAUGAAAAAUAAAGGAACUCGUGAAGUGUUAAGAGUUUUACAAAAGUUUGUAGCAGAACAUAACCCAAGUACUUUAACAUCAGACCAAGACAGUGCAUACCUCAGCAAUGAAAUCACAGAAUUUCUCAUUAAGCAUAACAUAACUCACUACACUACUGAAGACCAUAACCAUAACAUACUCGGCAUCAUAAACCGCUUCAUAAGAACGCUCAGAGAUUUAA